GUGUUCCUGCUCUUUUUGUUGCAGCAUGGGCAGUUGUCAGGGCAAUGCUGGCAGAUGCAAGGUGCUGGGAACUGAGUGCAGGAAACAUCAAAUGGAUCUACCAGGUCCCCAUUCUGACAGCCAUCGGGCUGAACUUCAUCCUGUUCGUGAAUAUCGUGCGGGUUCUCGCCACCAAGAUCCGCGAGACCAACGCAGGCAGAUACGACACACGGAAACAGUACAGGAAGCUUGCCAAAUCUACACUUGUGUUGGUGUUUGUGUUUGGAGUGCACUACAUUGUGUUUGUUGGAAUGCCACACACAUUCGAAGGUCUUGGCUGGGAGGUGCGAAUGUAUUGUGAGCUGUUCUUCAAUUCUUUCCAGGGCUUCUUUGUGUCUAUCAUCUACUGCUACUGUAAUGGAGAGGUCCAGACUGAGAUCAAGAAGACAUGGACACGAUGGAACCUUGCGUUUGAUUGGAAGGGCCCGGUGGUGUGCGGGAGCUGCCGCUACGGCUCUGUGUUGACGGGCCUUAACAACAGCACCAGCAGUCAGUCCCAGCUGGCUACCGGUGGCCCAGGCAGCCGUUCCACCACGCUCUUCUCCAGCCGAGUCUACCGCAGUAGCUGGGGGCCAACUAUCAGUGCCCAUGCCACCUUGCCUGGCUAUGUGUUCAGUUCGGAUGCUGAUAGCUUGCCACCAUUCAUUCCCAAGGAGCCAGAGGAUAGUACAAAGCAGGUCGAUGACAUCCUGCUGAAGGAGUCCCUGCCCACGAGGCCCAGCAGUGGCCUGGAGGAUGACGAGGAAACUCUGUAGAUAAUGGUGCGGUGAUAGACAGACAAAUUGGGUGUAAUAGCACAUUGGGCAUUGGUUAAAGAGCAAAAAUGACAGUUCGUCACCUGCAGUGCACACUGCUUUGGGUGGCAACAGCACCUCUACAACGGACACUUCCUGUUCAAGCUGUGACACAUAGUUUUGUUUUUGACACAUUGCCAUAUGCAGAUAGAUUGAUAUGUUCAUGGCAAGAUAUCUCUACUCAUCACUAUAACAAAAACUAUUCACAGCUAUGGAAAUGCUGAUGAAUAAAGUUUCUUGUUGCUUCAUGCAAUUCUUAAACUGCCAGCUGGACAAUGUGAAUACUUUUGAGUUUUUUUAUUUUCAAUUGC